AUGAAAAUUGUAUAUUUGCCAUGCCAAGAACACGCCGAGUGUCUUCCCGGUGAAUACCAAUCAAAGGGAGAACCCAAAUGUGUAGGUUGUUCCUUUUUUAUAAAAUGUUUUCUCUGUAACAAAAUGUUAAAUUAUAACAUGGUCACACAGUCUACUUCAUCAGCAAAAAAUCAUUUAAUUAAUUUACAUUACGACAAAUUGAAAGAUGAAGAAAAAAGGAGAAAACUGUUUCCAAAAAUGUCACAAAGAAAUAAAGAGGUUAACAUAAUGUUGAUGAGAUUUUUUUCAUCUGUUGGAAUUCCUUUUAGUCAAAUUCGAAAUCCCUUUUUAGUUGAGUUACUGAAUUUUCUCGAUAAGUCAGUUGUAUUGUCAGACGAAAAAACAUUUAGAACAACUUGUCUUUUUGAAUUGUACGAUAGAGAACUAGGAGAUCUCAAAAAAAGAAUUAAAGAAGAUGUCGUUUUCAAUAAUCUAUCAGGAUCUAUUUCAACAGAUAUCAUGAGUAAAUAUAAUAAUUCUUAUAUAACAACAACUCUCCACUAUGUCGAUAAACAAUUUGAGUCACACAACAAAGUUUUGAAUGUGAGUCCUUUUAAUGUAGAACAUACAGGAAAGGAAAUUAAAACGUAUGUGAGUCAAAUUGUUACCGAUUUAAAUUUGAAUGUUAACAACAUACAAUUUGUUGCUGAUUCGGCAUCAAAUAACAAUAAAUUGUCUGAAAUAAAUGGAAACAAAACAGACUGUGUUGUACACACGUCGAAUAAUUUGUUUUCUGCUGUGAUAAAACAAAUACAAGGGAUGAAAGCCUUCGUGAAACGUAUUAAUUCUUUGGCCAAAACACUCCAAUUUUCUCAAAAAACACAAAGAAUAUUUGAAGAGUUGUGUUCAAAAAAUUGUGAAGAGCCUGGAUGUCUUGCGACUUAUACGAAAACGCGGUUUAAUUCAUGUUACCUUUCUUUUAGCAAAUUGUUAAAAAGAGAGAAGAGUGUUAAAGAACUGAACAAUGGGAUUCAAUUCAAUGAAGAGGGGUGGAAAGGGGUCAAAGAAAUGUAUUCACUCACAAAAGCAAUGGACGAUCUUUACAACAAAUUGGCGGCGAACCAAAAAAUUACAUCGUGUUAUGUUGUGGGAGCUAUUAGAGACAUUUGGAACACAAUUUCCUCUUCUAUUUACCAACCGGAAGGGUUUCUAAAAAAUAUAUUAAAACAUAGUGAAAUAGAUGAAGAUUAUGCAGAAGAAUCUGAAAGUGGUUUUAUGGAAAUUGAAGCUGGGACUAUUUUUGGAAAGGACUGGAAAAUGAUAGCUCGAUCUGAAUUCGAAAAAAGACUGCGCGCUAUUUCUCCAAAAGAAGAAUAUAUUUUAGCAGCUUUCUUUUUUCCUAUUACUCGUGAUGGUGAUUUGUUUGAAACACAAAUCAAUACCUGUGUUCAAAGAGUGAAGGCUGAAUUGAGUGGCAUAAGUAAUAUAACACCACAAAGUAGUUCCGCCUUUUUAAAUUCGAGUUCAAAUUUUCAUAUUGAAUUUGCCAAUUGGGCAAUUCCAAUGAUGACAACUGAUGCAGUACAAAGACUAGAAGAAUCACCAAUUGAUAAAGCAAUUAGAUUGUAUUUAGAAGAUCGUGGUGCGAUAGAAAACGGAGAAAACUGUAAAAGUCCCGAAGAAUAUUGGCAAAACUGUAUUAAACUAAACAAACACGCCGAUUUAUAUGAUAUUGCCAGGAAGUAUCUCUCUUUUCAACCAACAAGCAUAGACUCCGAAAGAGUUUUUCGAAAUUUCGGUAAAAUAGUCUAUAAUGAAACUUCGUCGUUUACCCCAGAGAACGCCUCGAAAGUGUCUUUUUUGAGACUACAGAUAAACAAACAACACCAAAAAUAA